CAGGCCCUCGGCUGGAGGAGGGAGGGAGCCCUAGGGUUGGAGCUGGCUGUCUCUUCAUGCCAGUGUCAACGGGAGGCUUUUUGGAUACACCGAUUACUCACCAGCCUCCCCCUUUUGUCCGCCAGUCCAGCCUGACUCCUUGAGAUUGUGAGUAGCUCCAUCCAGCCUGGGAAGCAAGCUGGACGACUGAGCCAGGCCACUCCAGAGCGCCCACCGGGCCCAUGCCGUGGCCUGAGCCGUCCGCCAGGCUGGGGGGCCACCGGCCCGGCCUCCUGCCUGUGCUCCUGGCUCUCCUUGGCAUGGCCUGGACAGAGGGGCAGCUACUCCCACGGCAGGAGGAACGGGCUCUGACGCCUGGAGCCCUGAGCAGUAAGGAGACGUUCCUGCUUCUCUCCCUGCACAACCGUCUGCGCAGCCGGGUGCACCCCCCUGCGGCCAACAUGCACAGGAUGGACUGGAGUGAGAGCCUGGCCCGAUGGGCUCAGGCCAGGGCGGCCCUCUGCGGUGCCCCAGCCCAGAGGCCCACGUCAGCACCUCGGGCCACCCAGCAAGUAGGCUGGAAUGUGCAGCUGCUGCCCGCGGGUUCAGCAUCUUUCGUCGGCGUGGUGGGCCUGUGGUUCGCAGAGGGGCGCUGGUACAGCCAUGCGGCAGCCGAGUGCACCCGCAACGCCACCUGCACCCACUAUACUCAGCUCGUGUGGGCCACCUCGAGCCAGCUGGGCUGCGGAUGGCACCGGUGCUCUGGGGCCCAGGCCGAGCUGGAAGCCUUCGUCUGCGCCUACUCUCCCGGAGGCAACUGGGAGGUAAACGGGAAGACAAUCGCCCCCUAUAAGAAGGGCUCCUGGUGUUCCCUCUGCACGGCCAGCGUCUCUGGAUGCUUCAAAGCCUGGGACCACGCAGGGGGGCUCUGUGAGGUCCCCAGGAACCCAUGUCGCAUGAGCUGCCGGAACCACGGACAUCUCAACGUCAGCACCUGCCACUGCCAUUGUCCCCCUGGCUACACAGGAAGAUACUGCCAAGUGCGGUGCAGCAUGCAGUGCGUGCAUGGCCGGUUCCGGGAAGAGGAGUGUUCCUGUGUCUGCAAUGUCGGCUAUGGGGGACCCCAGUGUGCCACCAAGGUGCACUUUCCCUUCCACACUUGUGACCUGCGGAUUGACGGAGACUGCUUCCUGGUGUCUUCGGAGGCAGACACGUACUACGGAGCCAAGAUGAAAUGCCAGGGCUCACCUACAAGACCACCAAGGACUCCUUCCGCUGGACCACGGGGGAGCAUCAGUCCUUCACCAGUUUCGCCUUUGGACAGCCUGACAACCAGGGGUUCGGCAACUGCGUGGAGCUGCAGGCCUCAGCCGCCUUCAACUGGAACGACCAGCGCUGUAAAACCCGAAACCGCUACAUCUGCCAGUUUGCUGAGGAGCACAUUUCCCGGUGGGACCUGGGGCCCUGAGACUCGGCCAUGCCUCUCCCCUGCCAGCACCCAGAUGCCCGGCCGCGCUCGCCCAGCUGCCGCCUGUCUGGAACAAGGGCCAGGCCAGGACCACCAGCCAACAUCCACAGAGGUCUCAGAGAGACCCUGCAGGAGGGAGGCAGGGGGUACAAGUCCAGCCCAGAGGGAGUCUGCUAUAGGGGGAGGGGAGCUGGGGCCCCUCAGCUUGCUAUGGAGAAGAUGGGUGUCAGGCGCCCGAACCGGAGACACGGCCAGCAGUCCGAAGAGACCACUCUCCUCGUGGUCGCCAGAGCCUCUGGGGCAGAUGGAGGUUCCUCACUGCCCAGGGUGCACCCCACAAAGGAUUAAACUAAGUUAUGAAUCAGUCGGACUUGCGACUGCUUGUCUUGAAGGGGGUCCGCCGACCCAGGGUGAUCCCGGGAAGAUCAAAGGGAGCCUGACUGGCUUCACUGCGGGCUGCCCAUGACCCACCCCAGGCCCUUCCCUGCUCACCCACGUGACUCAGACCACCUUCUGGAAGUUUUCCGGUCUUAGCCCCUGAGGGAUGCACAGAUUCAGAAACUGUUCGCAUUCCUAACUUCCCGCGCCAGCUCCUCUUCCCCCCCUCCUGGCUCUGUGCGUUCCAUGCUUCUGCUCACACCCUACCCCUGUGUUGCUUAUGCCUGCUCCUGUGUGUUCCUCCCACUUUCUUUGUGAUUAUCUGCGCGGGGGAGGUGUCGUGGCCCUGGCUCCCUCUGCUCCCUACAGUGGUGAGAGGGGCCGUGUGUGCAGGUGAGGCCAGGAGGUGCCCUCAUCAGGGUCUGGAAAGCACCCCGGCCCAUUGGAACACUGUGAUGUGUGGAGUUGUUUUGCUGGUUGGAGGUGGGAGUGUGGCCCGGGACCCCAGAACCAGGACUUUUCAGGUAGGACCUGGCCACUGCCCCCUGCGCUCACAAACCCUGCGAUGUCAUUGAGGAACACGUGGGGGUGCGGGGGAAGGCCUCUGAGCCAGGAAGGCUGAUGGGGGUGGCUGGUGCCCGGGUUCAGGAGGACACAGGAUUGCCGGCAGUAGUCGUCAAAGCCGAGGAGGGUGAGGCCAGGGCUUGGGUUUUGUUGUUUUUUAACAAGAUCUCCAGCUACUUCAGACGCAGGCUCUGGUGUGAGAACCACGGGCAGAGGGGAAGAGUUUGAGCCUCAAGUCAGACCACCUGAGCUUCAGGAUAGGCUCUGCCACUUCCGGUGUUCCUUUGGGCAAGUUACUUAAUCAGGAGACCAGUCACCCCAGUCUGCCUGGAACUGUCUGGGUCUUCACACUCCACGCCCCAGAUGCGGGGAAACCCCUCAGCCCCAGGUCGCCCUCACACAGCUCUCUGCCUCAAGCUCUCCUGUAAAAUGACGACAAUAGGGGCACCUGGGUGGUUCACGGGGUUAAGUGUCUACCUUCUCAUGAUCUCGGGGUCCUGGGAUCGAGCCCUACGUUGGGCUCCCUGCUCAGUGGGGAGCCUGCUUCUCCCUCUGCUCCG